AUGACGGCGGAAGGGGGAGGGGGAAGGGGUGGGGGAAGCACACCGGUCGCCACUCCGCAGAGUAUCGUAUGGCAGCGCGCGGCGGCUUCCGCGGUGGCGGCGAUUCAGGCGGCUGCAGAGGAGCGGAAGGAAGGAGUAGAAGGAAGAGCAGGGGAAGGAGGGGAAGAAAGAGGAGGAGAAAGAGGAGGAGAAAAAGGAGGAGGAGAAGCGACAGGGGAAGAACAGCUUCUUGAAGGCGAGGAGUGUGGGAGUACGAGAGCUGAGCGAGAUUAUCGCAAAUGGGGCCGUCACGGCCGUGGCGAUGGCGAGGCGACGGAGGAAGUGGGUCGCAACAGGCAGCAGCCCGGGACCGAGGCCAGCCCUGGCGAAGGCGAAGUGAGCCCUGGCGGGUUACCACCUCGGAUUACGUCGAGAAUGAGCGAAGCAGGGAACCAGCGAGGACGUUUCUUUUCGCAGCAGGGUACGGACAUUGGCUCGGGUAUCACACUAGAAGAGGCUGGUAACCAGGUAACACCAGGAAGUGGGUCUGUGGGUGGCGAACGUGGACCGUGGCGUGGUGUAUCUCCAGGCGUGGUAACUUGGAGUGGUACGUCGGCUGCUAUUUCGCCUGCUAUAUCGCCUGGUAUAUCGCCUGGUUUAUUGCCAGGAAUUUCGCCUGGCAUAUCGCCGCCAGAGGUUUCGGAAUGCGUGUGGGGGGAGCAGGACCGCGGGAGCUCGAGGGGGUUUGCUGCGGCGGCGAGGGGUGCACCAGAGGGCACGCCCGGGGGAGCGGGGGGGUGGCGGGGUGGGGAGGCAGCGGCGGAAUGGCGGGUUUCGCAUCAGAGGGGGCAUGCGCAGCGAGCAGCAGCGGAACGUGCGCGGAACGCAGGUGGCAGCAGCGCGGAGGGCGCGGAAAGGGAGGGUGGCGGGGAGGGGAAGCUUCCCGCGCAUGGCGUGCGGAGCCGACUCUCCCCCUUGCGGCGCGCGCUGCGGCGAGAUACCUCCCCGUUAGCAGGCAGUCACGCGCUGCUGAGCGGAGACUCCCCGCCUGCGCGCAGUGCGCUUUUGAGUGGCGUUUCUCCGCCCGCCGGUGGCACAACAGCGAGCGCGGUCUCCCCGCCUGCGCCCACCAGCGCGCUGCUGAGCGGAGUCUCCCCGCCUGCGCGCAGCGUGCUGCUCAGUGGGGGCUCUCGUUCUGCGCCAGUAGCAGAUAACGCGCUGAUGACCGGUGUAUCCCCGCCUGCGCCCAACAGCGCGCUUCUGAGCGCGGUCUCCCCGCCCGCAGGCAGUGCGCUGUUGAGUGGCACCUCUCCUCCCGCGGCCAGCGCGCUGUUGAGUGGAAUCUCCCCGCAGGCAGGCAGAGUUGCGGAAAGGGGCGCUACUCCCGCCUCCCGCGCGGAUUUUCCGCCUGGAGCCUCCCCGCCCGCGACCAGCGCGCUGCUGACUGACGUCUCCCCGCCCGCAGCACACAGCGCGCUACUAAGCGGAGUCUCCCCGCCUGCGGGGAGUGCGGUGCUGAGUGGUGCCUCUCCUCCCGUGGGCAGUGCGGUGCUGAGUGGGUUCUCUCCUUCUGCGCCCUCUCGUGCCUCCCCUCCCGCUCCACACAGCGCGCCGCUGACUGGAGUCUCCCCGCCCGCGACCAGCACGCUUGAAAACGCCGCCUCUCCUGCCGUAGUUCCCCUGUAUCAUACCAUAGUUGGCGCGAGUCACAACAUCAGCAGAGCUGGCACGGACGAUAACGCUGGCGCGGAUGGCGGCGCCGGUGUUAGCAUGGUCAGCACUGCACCUGCUGUCAUGCCCUCCUCCCCGUGUUACUCCCCUUCCCGCCUGCCUCCUAACCAAUCCCCGCCAAGCUCGUCAGCAGCAACAGCAGCAGCAACAGCAGCAGCAGCAGCAGCAGCAGCAGCAGCAGCAGCAGCAGCAGCAGCAGCAGCAGCAGCAGCAGCAGCAGCAGCCCCUUGGCAUCCUGCCAUCGUGCCUCCACCCCUGCCUACUGCUGCCGCCACAACCCCUCCCUCCAACUCCUCCCACCAACCCUCACAUCCCUCCCAGCUUUCCCACCCCUCUGAGCCCUCACACUUCUCUCACCCCUCCCGCCCUUCACACCCCUCACAGCUCCUGCCUGCUACAGCAGUCCCUCCUGCCCCUCUAGCAAGCACUGCUACGGACUUCAAUGCGCCAAGCGCUCCUGCUCCUGCUCCUCCUGACGCUGCUGCUGCUGACGCCACUCCUGCUUCAGCCAUUGCCCAACAGCCACAGGCACAGCAACAGGAGCAGCAGUCACAGCCACAGCCACAGCAGCAGCCCAAGCCACAGUCAGCAGACGUGCCAGCGCUACAGCAAAGGCCAGCACCCAGUGACCCUCAUGCCCUGCCCCCCACCACCAGCGUCCCCUCUCUCGUUCCACGUGUCCCAGACGCUCCCUCCGUCAUUCCACGUGACGCUGACGCCCCCUCCAUCUCUCCACGUGUCCCUGACGCCCCCUCCAUCAGUCCACGUGUCUCUGACACCCCCUCCAUCAGUCCACGUGUCCCCCAGCUAUUGCAGGAUCUGCUGCUGUUCCCCGGGUCCUCGGCCGGCCAGGCUGUAGCGGCGGCUGUAGCCGCGGCUUUGGACAGGUGCUGUGGCGGAAGGGCGGGUGGGGGGAUGACUGGUGGGGGGAGAACUGGUGGGGGGAGAACUGGUGGGGGAAGGACUGGUGGGGGGAGAGCGGGUGGGGUGAGGGCUGGUGGAGGGUGGGCGGGUGAGGGUGGGGGAAGGGGGGAUGAUGGGAGAAUGGGUGGGGGAGGAACGGAAGAGGGGAGGGUGGGCGCGUUGAAAGUGGGUGGUGGAGAAGUGGGUGAGGGGAGAGGGUUUGGAAGGGGAACGGGGGGUGGGGAAGUGGGUUUGGGGGGAGCUGGUGGGGUGGGAACGGCAAGAAGGGAGGGCGAGAGGGAGAAAGCAGGGGUAAGGCGGCAUGGGGGGGAAGGGGAAGGGGGAGAGGAGGAAGGAAGGGGAAAGAGGAGGCGUGUUUUGGAGGGAGGGAGUGAGGGAACCGAUGGAAGGCCAAUAGAGAUGAGAGUGAGUGAGGGUGGUGGUGGUGGAGUGGGAGAGGGAGGAGGAUGGGGAGGGAGAGGGGGAGAAGUGAGUGGAUGGGGGAGAGGAGGGUGGGUGAGAGGGGGGGAAUGGCACCAGGAAGGGGCUGUACAAGGGACAGGGGGGGCUGGAGGGGAUGGAGAGGAAGAAGGAAAGGGAAGUUCAGGAGAAGAAGAGGGAGGAGAAGGGAGGGCAGAGAAAGAGGAGAGACGAGGAGGAGAAGGAGGAGAAGGGAGAUCAGGGAAAGAUGAUGGGAGAGAAGGAGGAGAGAGAGGAGAGGGAGGAGGAGUAAGAGAUGGCAGAUCAAGGGAAGGAAGGGAGCAGGAGGAGGAGGCAGAUGCGAUGGAGGUGGGGGGAAUGGAGAGGGAUGGGGAUAGGAGGGGCGACGUCAUGAGUGGCAAGGCAGUCGGACAAGCUGAGAGGCGACCCACCGAAAGGGAUGGGAGGGGGGAGAGGCAGCAUCAGCAGCAGCAUCAGCAGCAGCACGAGCAGCAGCAGCAGCAGGAAGCACACUCCGAACUGCCUCCAGAACCCCAGCACCAGCAGCAACCACUGCAUCACCAUCCACGUCAGCAACAGCGUAAGCAGCAGCAGCAGCCGCCGAAGCAGCAGCGGGUUCGCGAAUCCGAUUCGGAGUCCGAAGAGGCGGAGCGACAGCAGGAGGUCGAGCGGACGAUCGUGGUGGACCAUGGCGAUUAUUCCUCCUCCUGCGGCUACUGCCGAGGCGCUCGCGGCUCCAGCCACUCCCAUGGAAUAACCGCGGAGACGAUGACAGUACAGGAAUAUCAAGACCUGUUGGACCGUGGCUGGCGUCGGUCGGGUUGUUUCCUCUACAAACCAGACAUGCCCCGCACCUGCUGCCCCGCCUACACGAUCCGCCUCGUGGCGGGGCGGUUUCAGCCCAACAAGGAGCAGCGCAAGGUGCUCAGGCGCAUGGAGAGGUUCCUUAGUGGAGAUAUCGACCUUCCGCCCCCCAGACCCAGACAUUCCUCCGCUAGCCUUCCCGGCCCUGCUUCAAACUCGGGCGCAGGUUCAGGUUCAGGUUCAGGUUCGAAUUCAGGUGCAAAGCUGCAAAACUCGGACCCUGCAAAGGGGCAAGCCCUAGGGAAUGCGCGGAUAGAAGGGGCUUUAACUGAGGGUUUGGAGCAUGGACCUCUGGAAGCAGUGCAGGCGCGUGUGGAAGGGGCUUUAAACGGGGUGUUAGAGCAGUGGAGGGAGCAGGGGUUACUGCCCGCCAGCCUGCUGCUACCUGCUGUGACUCUUAGAUCUGUUCCUGUGAGCGUGAGGGCGAGAGUCGGGGAGGGGAAGGGAGGGGAGCGAGGGGGGGGAGGGAAAAAGACGGGAGGGAAGAGUGGCAAGGGGAAGGGAGGGGAGGAAGGGGCAGGAGGGGCAGGGGAAAGCCAGGAAAAGGGUGUGUCUGCCCCUCUGCCUGUGCUGACGUCAAACAUUGCGUUUCUGAUCUGCUCUGGGCUAAAGAAACUGCUGCAGCAGCAGCAGCCAGGGGUGACAACCGCGCAGCAAUCAGCAAGCAGAGAAGGAGUGGGCACAAGUGCUUUCUCUUUAAGCUCUAGUGCGCAAGAUUUUGCAGCAAAGCUAGUAGCAGAAGCGGAUGGGGCGUUGCAGAGCGGGGGGCUGCCAGAAGGGGUGUGUGUGAGGGCCGUGCAUGGGCAUGUGAAUGUGCUGGCGCCCGCUGCUCUGCUUCAUGGUGGUGGCAUGACGACAGACAUGCAUUAUGAGCAACGUCAGCAAAAUCAGGAGCAGAAGCAGCCGGAAAAGCAGCAGCAGCAACAGCAACAGGAAAAGCAGCCGCAGCAGGACCAGCAGCGGCAGCGGCAGAGACACAUGCCACGACGCCUAGAAAUAACAACCCACCCAUCGGCGUUCACUCAGGAGGAGUAUGAUCUCUACCGCAAGUACCAGAUCCACGUGCACGACGACAAACCCUCCUCCGUCACCAGACGAGGCUACGAGAAUUUCCUCGUCAACACCCCCCUCAUACACGUGCCCCCCCCACCUGCUCCUCCCACUUCCGCUCCUCCCACUUCCCUCCCUUCCUGUGGGUACGGGUCUUUCCACCAGCAGUACCGAAUUGAUGGGCGCUUAGUGGCAGUGGGGGUGGUGGACGUGCUCCCGCGCUGCCUCUCAUCUAAGUAUCUCUUUUGGGACCCAGACUAUGCGUUUCUGUCCCUGGGGAAGUUUUCCGCGCUUAAGGAGAUCGAGUGGGUGCAGCGCGAGCAGCAGCAGCGCCCUGAUCUGUUACUGGAUUCGUACUAUAUGGGGUAUUAUAUCCACUCGUGCCCUAAGAUGACUUACAAGGCUGCGUAUGCACCGUCGGAUCUUCUCUGCCCUCUGCGCUACAUGUGGGUGCCGUUAACCCUCGCCCGCCCUCUCCUUGACCACUCCGCCUAUGCUGUUCUCUCCUCUGCUCUGCCGAAACAUUCCCACGCACCAGCCAGCCUUCCUUCUCUCACAAGCUCCCACCAUCAGGCUCUCUCUUCCAUGCAAGGAGAAGGGGCGAGGGCAGGGGCGGGCCGAGAGGAGGGAGCGAGAGAGGCAGUGCGAGGGUAUACAGGGGUGGGUGGGGGACAGACGGAAGCAGAGAGAGCAGAGGCGCGAGAGUUACAGGCUGCUGCUGAGAGAGGUGACGGUGGGGAAGGAGUGAAUGAGGCGAAUAGCAGAGAGCAUGCUAACGAGUACGGAGUGCAAGGAGGGGUGGGGAGGGUUGCAGGCGACAGGAGAGGCGGGCAGGGAGGGGAGGAUGGGAUGGAGGUUGAUGAAGGAAGGGAAGGAGAGGGGAGAACAGGGGUGGGGGGAGGAGGGAGGGAAGUGGGUGGGAGUGAGUGUGGGGGAGGAGGGGAGAGAUGGGCGGAGGAGUUGAGUGAGGAGGAGCGGCAGGAGAGGAGCAGGGAGGUGGCAGCAGCGGUGAUGGCCAUGCCAUUGCUCAUCAACGGCUCCUUGCAGAUCAGCUUUUCGCAAUUGCUGGAGAUGGGAUGGCUUUCCUCUGCAUCCACGCGCGCCAUCACAGCAGCACUCAAGACCUUCUGUGAAGCAGCAGGGCCUAAGACAGCUAGGCGCAUUCUCUAUGUCCGCCAGGCGCAGCAGCCUGGCGUGCAACACGAGAUGGAGCCGCGGCCGUCCGUCACUCGCCAGGCGUAUAAGGCGGCCGACAAGCUCAAGGGUAAGAUCGCGCUGAUCACGGGAGGGGAUUCCGGAAUCGGGCGGAGCGUGGCUCACCAUUUCGCGUUGGAGGGAGCGGCGGUGGCGUUCACGUACGUGUCGCCGCGGGAGGACAAGGACGCCCAGGAGACCCUCCGCUUGCUGCGGGACGCCCAGCGCCCCGAGCACAAGCAGCCGCUCGCUAUUCCUGUCGACCUCGGGCUCCUUGACAACUGCAAGGAGGUGGUUCGGAAGGUGGCGGAACACUUUGGGGGGAACAUAGACGUGCUGGUGAACAAUGCAGCGGAGCAGCACACCCACAAGACCCUCGAGGAGAUCUCCCCUGAGGAGUGGGACCGCACCUUCAAGACCAACAUCCACGCCUACUUCUACAUGGCAAAGUAG